AUGGACCAACAGGCGCAGACUCUGUUGACGACGCUCAAACGCUCGUCGGCCGCCUCGGAUGCCAAACUCACGCAGCUGAACAAUCUCAAGUCCGACAUCAAGCACCACAGAGUGCCCGACAGCGCCCAGCCCAUCAUCUUCGAGUGUCUCCGAGUCGCCUUGACCCAGCAAGCCUCCAGCACCCUCGCCACUGCCGCCUUUACCACUCUGGGUCAUCUCAUUAAGCGCCUGAAGAUCCAAGACCCCGAUGGCACUGCCAUUGUCCAACACGUGCCUAAGCUCUUUGUCGCCUUGCAAGAGAGAUUGGCCGACCUCCGCGAGAACCACCGCAGCGCCGCCUCACAAGCCUUUGCCGAUGCCUGGCACUUUUGCCCUCAAGAUGUAGAGCACAUCAUCCGCGACGAAGUCAUCCCUGGCGCAAACGCCCGCGCAAAGGACACGGCCAUGCACUGGGUCGUGCGCAUGAACCACGACGAAGCACUGCCCUUUAAGACUUUUGUACCGCUGAUGGUAGCCAAUCUCGAAGACCAUGACGGCGCAGUUCGUGAUUCGGCAAAGAGUGCUUUGAUUGAUCUAUUCCGUACUGCUCCGGAUCGCGCAAAGGCAGAUCUGAAGAAACAGUUGAAUCUUCACGGUGUCCGGACAGGCAUUGCAUCCCAGAUCCUUACACAAAUCGAGUCAGAAAAGUCUUCGGCGCCCGCACACGACAUGUCGCAGUCCACUCGCUCCCUUCCUGUCCUUGAUCCUCAUCUCGCCGAGAGCAUCAAUAGUGAAGCCGCUCGCGCACCUCCACCAGAGGAGAUCCCCAUGGAUCCCAUCUUCGUACAUUCCCAAAGAGAGCUCGAGGAUACUUUCAGUGACAUGCUUCCUCACUUCGAGGGCCGAGAGAGCGAAGAGAAUUGGGUAAACCGCGACAAGGAUGUUACCAAGAUGAGACGACUGCUGAAAGGAAACGCACCAACCGAUUAUCACACCCUCUUCAUGGCUUCCAUGAAACAAAUGCAGGCCGGUAUAAUCAAGGUGGCCACUUCGCUACGGACGACAACCUCUAGUAACGGCUGUCACAUGGUGCAGGAGCUGGCUAGAACCUUAGGCCCAGCCCUCGAUCCAAUGGUCGAGAUCUACCUGCAGACAUUCAUCAAGCUGUGCGCCGCCACGAAAAACAUUGCCGCACAGAACGGCAACCAGACAGUCGACACAAUCUACCAAUACGUUUCAUACAACAUCCGGACCAUGCAACACGUUUGGAUCGCCUGUCAAGACAAAAAUGUGCAACCUAGAACAUUCGCUUCUGGCUGGCUUCGCACCAUUAUCAGUAGACAAGCUGGUGCAAAGUCACACUUCGAAAGCACAGGAGGUCUCGAGCUUGCUGAAAAGUGCGUGAAGCAUGGCCUCAACGACUCACAGCCGAAAGUCAAGGAGGCAAUGAGAGCUACUUAUUGGGCUUUGGCUAGAGUUUGGCCCAAUAGAGCCGAGCUCAUCAUGAAUACUCUUGACCCAAAGGCCAAGAUCGCUCUCGAGAAACAUGCGCAUAAUCCGAAUGCGUCUACAACUGGUGCUUCGACUCUUCGUGCAUCAACGGUGAGCAGAGCAGGUGCGGCCUCGAAGUCUUCCGUCCGAGAUGCCAUCAUAGCAGCGCGUAAGAAGGCCCAGACUGAAAGCCGGCCUAACUCUGCGAUGGCUACUGUCUCACCAGCUACUGUGAGAACGAAGUCAUCCAAUAAUCUUACUGCCCGUCAGCCACCCGCUGGACCACCUGCUUCUGCCGCUCGUGUCCCUUCUGCCGUAUCAACCUCGUCUUCCACUUCCACCAACACAAGACCUAAUGCAUUAAUGUCUGGAGCUGCGAGACGACCUGUCAGACGUCCAGAGAUCGCGCGACCCGCAACCGCAGAUCCAUAUGCAAGUCGUAGACUAGCUAGGCCUGAAACACCAUCGGUCAAAAGUCCUGUCACUAGUCCUCGACAAGACAUUGCAUCCAACUAUACCAGUACAUCGGGAAGCAAGCAUCACCCGGAUAGAGGUAGUCCCGCACUGAGUCCAUUCCGCCAAUCUUACCUCUCACCGAAAUCAGCUGCCAGCAGAAGCCGACCUUCAAGCAGAGACAGCAAAGCAGAAGAGCUUGUGGCACCAAAAGAAGACGAGUUCGCCUCAUUCGUACCCUCUUCGUACAAGAGCCAUCUUCCUACAUCUCCAAAUUCAGCCAGGAGCCAUCUUCCUACUUCUCCACGGUCCACUCUCCGUAGAUCAACUCUGAACAGCUCAACAUCUGUGGAUAGUGUGAUCCCUGUGGUUGCUGAUGACACCUUUACUAUGGAGUUGCCCACCGUACACAGGUCGCAGGUACCCGUGUUCGAGCGCCGUGCUUCACACUUGUCCACAGUCGAUGUUACGACCGAGCAUCAACCUCCGGUGCCACAAAACGCACAAUCGGCGUCAGAUAGAACCGACUCGCCCAUCACAACCAGCCGCCAGGCCACUCCACAGCGUGAAGCGUUCUCUACGAAGGACACAAGCGCUGGGUCGUCGCCAAAACCCACGUUGGCCCCAGCUGCUCACAUAGAGUCCGUUGUCCCUCAGCCCGAGGAAGCUGCUUUCCAGAUUCACGAAGACCCGUUCAUGGAGGGCGUAGAAGCGCCAGAAGCGCAACAGACAAGACACUCGCAAGACGUUCGAAGUGUCCUUGGUGAGGUUCCGCUUAACGAAUUCAGCCAAACCGCAAUUGCAGAGAACAUCAACCAAGACGAGACGCAUGUGACGGGAGACUCUCCACCGCAGAGUCCACAAACCAAAUCUGAGACUCUGCGCUCUAGGAAGUUGCUCAUGUCGGGUAUCGAACGCAUUCGAGGACGCACUCUUGACGCACACGGCUUCAGAAAAGUGCUCGAGUUGAUAAGGUCAUCCGAGUCUGGCGAGAUAUUUGGCUCUGUUGAAGAAGGAAGACGUUUCGACGACUUGUGCAGUGUUCUGUUGGAGUAUAUCGUGGAGUCUUCGGAUGCUGCUGCGAACCCCAACGUGCGUCACUCUCAAGAGCUCAGAAGACAGGCCACUAGUGUGAUGAGAACAGUGCUCAAUGCGCAGCAACAACCGUAUAGAAAGUGGAUUGCUGCAGGACGUUGGUACUCUCGCGCCCUAAUCGGAGCACUCGAUGCACGCCAGAACGUCGAAGGCUCCGGACUGUUGGUCAAAGAUCUGGAAGCAAUGGCUAGCGAUGUGGUGGCCAAAAUUCACCCUGACGAAGGUGAGAAGGCCAUAAUCGAGUGGCUUGAACAUUGCGUGGCAGAAUCGGAUUACGAAACGCAAGAGCAAGAGCUCGAUGGCGCUGUUGCAGCUAUUCAGGCUAGACAUGGCGACGAGAGCCUAGUGCGUAAGAACAAGGCCAUGGCACUCGCACUCCGCAACUUGGCUGCUCUGCUGGCCUCGACAACUGCAAGUGCCGCUCCACUAUCCAAGGAAUUGGGCGAACGUGCGGCUCGUAUCGCAGUCGUAUCCCUACGCUCCAAGGACGCCGAAGUACGCAAGUCAUCAGUCGAAUUAGCCACCCAGCUACACAUGAGUUGGCCAUCCAACCCCGAGACUCAAGACGAUACAAAGAGCGAAUUCUGGAGUAUGCUCGAGAGGAAUGGCUUACAAGAGAGCGCACGUAACCUGAUCGUCUACUUUAUCGCUCGCAGAGAACGAAGCGCUUGA